UCUCUCUCACUCUCAUUCUCCCCCUGUGGCAUUAUUCUGAGUCAGCCGGUGGCGAGCAAUGGUUUGUUGUUUGUUAUUCAGCCAGCUGUACUGUAUGGGGCAGUAGUCAUAGCUGUCAGUGACUGAUCUCCUCUCCAUGGCCUGUCGUCCCCCCGACUCUGGCUCCUACACUGUGGUUAUCAUCCCGCUCAGGACCAGCCUCUGCAGCCUGGACGCACUUCGCUUCUACCUAUGGGUUAAGCGUCUGAGGGAUCUAGAGAAGGAGAAGGAUGCACUGUGCUCGGGUCUGGAGAUCCUGGAGAAGGCCCGUCUCUGGUACCUGCAGCGGCUGGAGGAGAACAGAGCCAGGCAGGACAACACCAAGAGCAAAAGUGGGGUUGGUUCCUGCCAGGAAGGUGCAGCAGAGGCUCGGUCUUGCCUCCUCAGGUCUCGUAUCCAGCGAGUGAAUGGCUCUCUGGGCUCUGUGAUGAGUGAGCCCAAUGUCAGCAGCAGCACCUCUCUGCCUGACGCUGUGGCAGACAGCGACCUCCGCUGGCACAACACAGUACUGACUCAGGAGGUGAGUGACAAGAAUCGUCAGAUCUCCAUGUUAGAAUUGGAAAAAGACGCUCUCCUUGAACAGCUCAAUGAACUGCAGGCCCAUUGAUUGCAUAUACACACAUGAACUCUACUGCAAACUUACAUUUAACUUUAUGUCACACAGGUGCUAACUUUGAACUCCUUGUAAAUAUGUAUUUAAAUGAAUAAAUUACAGUAAAGGAUGCAUCAA